UAAUCACUACGUUUACUGUCUAGGACGUCUAGGAUUCGGGUUGUUUUGAGUUAAGUAAUUGAAUUAACUGAUUGAUAACACAACCAAUAACAAUGUCUGCUGCAAACGCAGCGCCCAUCACCGCUACGGACAGCCUUACCCAAGCGUUGAAGGCUAAUAUCAUCCCUAACCAAGAAUACUUAUUACAGGGUUCAGUAUUGGACUCUGCCGUGGAGGUAUUGCUUCAUCGGCUGCGUGGGCUGUGUGACAAUGUCGACGCCGGCCCUGAGACCUUUGACGACCAAGAAGUCUGCUUCAGUCUUCGAGACCCUAAUCAACAGACAGCCCCGCUGAUGUUACGAGUGCGCAAGGCCCUGGACGCGCGUGACAUGCCAUACCAACUCCGUUACAUUGGACAACCAGAUCUGGGCGACAAGAAUCGUCCUACUGUGGUGCGGUCCAGCCUUGACAUUGCCUGCAAUGGCAUGCUUUUGGAGUUUCUCAGUGAGCUUGGCUGCAGGAUCGAGUUUGAAUAUAGUGUUAAAGGGUACAUGUUUCGGAAAGGAAGGAUGAAGAUAACAGUUGCAAAAGUAUUCAAGAUACCACAGAACUCUAUGCCUCCCGAGCCCAUUUCACAAAGCUAUCUAGUUGAGUUGUCAGUGCUGGCGCCUCAAGGCCAGGACGCGAUCGCGGAGGACAUGCGCGCAUUCGCCGACCAGCUGCGGCCGCUGGUGCAACUCGACAAGAUCGACUACAAGCGGCUCGGCCACAUGACAUAGCCCAUGUUCCUGGCUUAGGCCGCGCCGACCGCCGCCGCCGCCGCGCCGGUCGACGCCGUCUCAGCCACACUCCGCUGGGAGGUUGCUCUUGAUGUAAUUGCGUCCGUUUUACUUCGUUCGUAUCGUUUCAUGCCUACAAGUAGUCUUACACUAAUCAUACUAUGAUUGUGAUUUCAUUCGUUUUCUACUGCCACGGAACAGUUAGCGCUUGGGAAUGUUGUACAGUAAAUAUUUAGUAAACAAUCUUCUGGCACUCCGUAAAUACAUAUAAAGCAAUGAGAAAAAAAAACUUUGUACUUACCUCUUUUUAGUACUAAGGUCGUCCAUAUGUUGUGUUCGAUUUUAAAACAACAAUUCUUUUUUUCUAAUACCAUUGAUUCAAAAUUUUUGACAGCUUUUUUAUCUUGUAUGGUGGGCCGCUAGCCGCUAGAGGAUAAGAUAUCUUACAUUGCUAAGAAAAUGGGUACACUGAGAGAAAAGUACAACAAAAACACACUUAGAAUUACAAAAAUAAACUUAAUCCGGGGACAAGGAGAGUCAACUAAUAGGAACAAAUUGACUUUUGUAAUUUCUGUUAGUUCUUGCAAUUUCUAUUAUCUGUUUGUUGAAAUUAUAUUUGGGAUUACUGAGCUGUUUGUAGAAAUAAAUAAACUUUACAGAAAUAGUGAAACGUCCAUAAUUAUUACUAAAACUUCAUUUUUUCCCCCAAUACAGAACUGUUUUUUAAUUCCUGGUGAUGAUUUUUCUCUCAGUGUAUGUACACAUGAUUAAAAGCUAUCUAGUAGACUGGAACAUAAUUUACAUGAUACUUUUAUUAUAGUUGUCAAAGUAGCAAAAGAUUUAUACAUCGAACAGUUAUUCAUAGAAAGUAUGCAAUUUAUUCAUUACUCGUAAGAAGACAUUACAAUACAUACCUACAUCUAAAGUAAGAGAUAAUUAAAAUUGAACUAUUGUAUAGUAUUGAAUAAUAUUUAUUUGAUUGAG